UCACCCAGCAGAACCUUCAACAAGUUUCCGUGAGAGGCCUAGAGGCUGUGAAUGCCCUGGGGCUGGAGUGGGUCCUGGAGGCCUGCGGAUGCCAGGCUAAGUGAGCAGACUUCCCACAGUCCCUGGGUGCCAGGAAGCUCCCUGCCCCUGAACUUGUCACGACAAACACUUAGGCAGGAUUCGAUUGCUUCUGCUCAAACCAGUUCCCUUCUACCCACAGGCCUUGUCUGACACAGGAGGAAGAGAAAGCAGGACCUGCCCAGUAUGCAGGAUGCCGGGGCCUCCAGGGGCCAGGGCCAGUCCCCCAGUGGGAUGGGUGCUCUGGGCCGGGCUGGGGUCAUCCUACUCACCUAUGUGCUGGCGGCCCUGGAGCUCACCUGCCUCUUCAUGCAAUUCUCCAUCAUGCCCGUUCGCAGACCAGCACGGGGCAAGGGCAGCCUUCACGCUCUCCUUCCUGGCGUCCUCCGCACUCUACCUGCUCCUGGUCGCUGCCUGCAGCCCGUCCCUGCCCGGCGUGGCCUUACUCUUUGCCUCGCGCCUGCCCGCAGCACUCAUGCACACGUUGCCAGCUGCCCAGAUGGUCAUCACAGACCUGACCGUGCCUGAGGAGCGGCCGGCGGCCCUGGGCCGGCUCGGCCUGUGCUUCGGCAUCGGCGUCAUCGUCGGCUCCCUGCUCGGCGGGACCCUGAGCAGCGCAUGUGGGAUUCAGUGUCCAGCCAUCGUGGCUCUUGUGGUUAAUCUCCUGGGAGCUGUCCUCAGUUUCACCUGCAUCCCCACCAGCACCAAAGAGGCCAGCGCCCAGGCCCAGGCUGCCCUGCCAGGUGCACCCAAGGCCAGCGUGUUUGACCUGAAGGCCAUCACUCGUCUGCUGCUGCAGCCGGGCGUCCUGCCCGUAUUUCUGGUCAAGGUGAUCUCUGGCUUCCCCUCCGGGCUCUUCAUGGUCAUGUUCUCCAUCAUCUCCAUGGACUUCUUCCAGCUGGAGGCCACCCAGUCCGGCUACCUCAUGUCCUUCUUCGGGGUCCUCCAGAUGGUCAUCCAGGGCCUGGUCAUCGGACGACUGAGCAGCCACUUCUCUGAGGGAGCCCUGCUCCGGGCCAGCGUGCUGGUCUUCAGCAUCGUGGGCCUGGCCAUGGUGCUGAUGGCCAACGUCUUCCACUUCUGUCUCCUGAUGCCCGGCCUGGUCUUCAGCCUGUGUGCCCUCAACGUGGUCACCGACAGCAUGCUGACCAAGGCCGUCUCGGCCUCAGACACCGGGACCAUGCUGGGCCUCUGCGCCUCUGUGCAGCCGCUGACCCGAACCCUGGGGCCCACCCUGGGCGGCCUCCUGUACCACAGCUUUGGAGUCCCCAUCUUCGGCCACGUGCAGUUUGCAGUCAACUUCCUUGUCCUCCUGUUCCUCUGGAGGCAGCCUAUGCCCCAGAAGAAAGACAAAGUCUGGUGACUAAUGCCCCCGGGCACAGACUGGCAAUAAACUCCCUCGGGACCUC